UUACAUCCGGUGUUUGCAAGUUUUUAUUUUGUUUUAGCUUAUCUUAAGCCUUUCAUCGCAUCUAUGAGUUACGUUCGGGCUCGUGCAAACCUUUGUAGUGUUUUCAUGGCUUAUAAUUGAAAAUUUAUAUAGAGUUGUUUUCUAUGUAAACUGAUCAAGUUCGCAAGCCGAUACAUGCGUAUUUAACACUAAUUUUCCUGCUACGUUCUGAAAACGUUUCGGCCAUUAGCAAUAUUUGCUUGAUGUCAUUGAACGACUACAUGUUUGAGCGUAGUGUGGCACCCUUCGUCAUAAAUAGAUAUAUAUGAUGAUCGACAACUCUUUUGAAAGGUAUGAGGAUAUACCGUCAAAAUUCAAUAUAUGAUACCAAAGAAGUAGAUAAAGGAAGUGGAAACAAGAGGAUCCACAUCAUACUUAUCAUGGAGUCAUUUAGCAUUCAAGAAUGUUUUUAUGGCUGAUAAUGUAAAAUUUUAAAUAAUCAUUUGAAUUCAAUUGUGGGCUUCAGCCACUGACAGCCUUUCUACAAAAUGGCUGGCAUCACGCAAGUGUGUAAUGAUACAUCAGAGAAAAUAGAGCUGUUUCCUCCUCAGGGUUUGUACCUAAAGCCACUUGCUAAAAUAAAUGUGUGUGUUCAACUGCCUCAGCUGAAACAGCCAGGCAAAUCCAUCUCCAACUGGGAGGUUAUGGAGCGUGUCAAACACAUGGCAAGGCCGCACUCUUUUUUGACAUUGAAAAUAAUCAAAAGUACACUAGAGUUUAUCCGACUGGAAGGUGAAACAGAAACUAAAGCUUUAAUUAAAACUCUAAUACAGAGACUUGAUGCAAAGACUAUCAAAUUGAGUGGUUUUCCUGAUAUUUUGAAGGUCAAGGCAGCCGAGGCUAAGGUCAGUUUUCCAUUACGUCAUGACUGGGACUCAUACUUUAGAGAUGCAAAAAACAUGAAUGAGAUGAAAUCUGGUGAGAGGCCAGACACUAUUCACUUCAGAGAUCUGCCUACUCGAUGGUUUGCUUCUGCUAGAAGUAGAGAAAGCGACAAGCCAAAUGAACAAUAUUUAAAGCGUACCUGGGAAGGAUAUGGUGAGGUUCGAUGUGUCGACAUCCCAAUGCUUGACCCAUAUAGGAAGGAAAUGACCACCUCCACAAAAUCUGGUGCCAUUCAGACAUUUACAUAUGGACAAGAUUUGACAUUCGAGGCAUUUGUACAGUUCAAGGAAUACAUUGGUUUUGUGAAAGCUAUGGACAGUCUCCGUGGGAUGAAGUUAUUAUAUAUUGGGGAAGAUGAAAAGGCCUAUACAGCCAAUAUCAAGGUUGACUUUGACAAAACAAAGCAUCUGUCUGACAAAUCCAUAAAGAAGCGACGCAUAGAAAGAUGGAAACUGGAACAGCUGGAAAAGGAAAGGGAAGAUAAAGUACGAAAUGAACGAGAGGAAGAAGAGAGGAAACAGGAGGAAGAAAGGAGAAAAAAAAGGGAAGAAGAGGAGGAUAAGGAAAGGAAACGUAUUGAAAAAGUACAAAAAAAGGAAGACAGAAGGAAAAGUAGAGAAGAAAAACGUAAACACAAAGCCUUACAGAAAAGGAAAAAAGAGGAAGAAAAGAAAUUACAACAAAAGAUUGCUUUAGAGGAGAGAAAGUUCCUUAUAGCUCAAAGAAAACUUGAGUCGAUACGACUUAUGUCUGAGCUGUUUAAUGCUGUCAAGAAAAUCAAGGUGAAAGAAGAUCUCGAGAAGCAUGAGAGAGAAGCAGAAGAAAUGAGAAAGAAAGAAUUAGAAAUGGAACAGAUACAGAAGGAACAGGAUUUGAAGAGAAAGUUAGAAGCUAGAAAGAGAAAGAAAGAUCGUUUGGAAAGACAAGAACAUGAGCUCAGAAGCAAAAUUCUAAAAAACUGGAAAGUUAAAGAAGAAAGGGAGGAGGAAAUACAAAGAGAGUCUUUGCGCAAAAAAAUUGCUGGUCAAGGAAAAAUGAAAAGUGCUGUGGUAGUGAAAAAGUAACACAAGGGUGUGCUGUCUGAGGAGCAUGGGUCUAGAUUACUACAUGACUGUAAGGUAGCUAUAGAGGACUGACUGUGAGGUAGAGGGCUGACUGUGAGGUAGAGGGCUGACUGUAAGGUAGCUAUAGAGGACUGACUGUCAGGUAGAGAGCUGACUGUCAGGUAGAGGGCUGACUGUGAGGUAGAGGGCUGACUGUCAGGUAGAGGGCUGACUGUCACGUAGAGGGCUGACUGAGAGGUAGAGGGCUAACUGUGAGGUAGAAAGCUGACUGUGAGGUAGAAGGCUGACUGUGAGGUAGAGAGCUGACUGUCAGGUAGAGGGCUGACUGUCAUGUAGAGGGCUGACUGAGAGGUAGAGGGCUGACUGUGAGGUAGAAAGCUGACUGUGAGGUAGAAAGCUGACUGUGAGGUAGAGAGCUGACUGUCAGGUAGAGAGCUGACUGUGAGGUAGAAAGCUGACUGUGAGGUAGAGAGCUGACUGUGAGGUAGAGAGCUGACUGUCGGGUAGAAAGCUGACUGUUGGGUAGAAAGCUGACUGUCAGGUAGAGGACUGGUUGUCAGGUAGAGGACUGACUGUCAGGUAGAAGGCUGACUGUCAGGUAGAGAGCUGACUGUCAGGUAGAAGGCUGACUGUCAGGUAGAGAGCUGUUUUUGUUGCCGCUGUAAAUCGAGGAGAAUUAAUAAUAAUGUUUUGUACAGUUGAUUGUACAUCCUACUAUUAUUUAGUGUCCGUCUUUGAUCCAAAAGAUUUCGGUUUGUCUCUGUAAAUGAUGAACAUGUCGGGGUCAAUUUUCCUGUCCAGAUUGAUAUAUGUACAAAGCAAUGAGCAGAUGUCAUUUCCUUAUAAGUUUACAAAUGUACGGACAGAGAUCAUUUGUCAUGUCCAGAUCCAUACAUGUGAUGAUUUCAGAACACAGAGUCGGGAGAGUUCUCUCCCCCAGAGUGAUGACUUCAGGACACAGAGUCGGGAGAGUUCUCUCCCACAGAUAGGGGAUGACUUCAGGACACAGAGACGCGAGAGUUC